GACCACAGGGUGAAAUUAAAUGACCUGAAAAUGGAUCCAUCUUCUCCUGUGCUCCCAGCAAGCAUUUUGGAACAGACUGCCUUGCAGCUCGGAUGCAGCCCCACGGACAAAAAGCUUGCUCUUCACUUAGAUGAAAAAGAUGAGCUAAAGCAUCUUCGGGAAUGUUUCUGUGUCCCCAAAGUCAAGGAUCUGCCUCCAACUGACCUGACCCUGGUGAAUGGAGAGGAGAGCUGUGUGUACUUUGCUGGGAAUUCUCUUGGGCUCCAGCCAAGAAAAGUUAAAACUUACUUGGAUGAAGAACUGGACAAGUGGGCUCGGACAGGUGUCCAUGGCCAUUUCAAUGGCCAGCGCCCGUGGGCCUUGGCAGAUGAGUGCCUCCUGGACCUGAUGGCUGAGCUGGUUGGGGCCAAAAGACAAGAAAUAGCCUUAAUGAAUGGGCUGACUGUUAACUUGCACCUUCAGAUGCUAUCUUUCUUUAAGCCUACUCCAAGACGCUAUAAAAUUCUUCUAGAAGCAAGAGCUUUUCCAUCUGACCAUUAUGCUGUGGAGUCCCAGCUCCGACUGCAUGGGCUGGAUGUGGGGAGGAGCAUGGUCCUGCUGCAGCCAAGGCAGGGGGAGGAGACCUUGAGGACUGAAGAUAUCCUGUCUGUUAUUGAGAAGGAAGGGGACUCUAUUGCUGUCAUUCUGUUCAGUGGGGUGCAGUACUACACAGGACAGUUGUUUGACAUCCCUAGAAUAACAAGGGCUGGCCAAAAAAAGGGAUGCCUUGUUGGAUUCGACCUGGCUCACGCUGUUGGGAAUGUGGAGCUUCAUUUGCAUGACUGGGGAGUAGAUUUUGCCUGCUGGUGCUCCUACAAGUAUUUAAAUUCUGGAGCAGGAGGCCUUGCUGGUGCCUACAUUCAUGAAAAGCAUUCCAAGAGUAUUAAACCAGCGCUAAUCGGGUGGUGGGGCCAUGACUUCAAAACAAGAUUCCUCAUGGAAAACAAAUUACAACUAAGUGAAGGAAUUAAUGGAUUCCGGUUAUCAAAUCCUCCAAUUUUACUGGUCUGUGCUCUGCAUGCCAGUUUAGAGGUUUUUAGCCAAACUACAAUGAAAGCCUUGAGGAGGAAAUCUGUUCUACUCACUGGUUACCUGGAAUACCUGAUAAAGCAUUACUACAGUGAGGACAAAACAAAUCCAGAGAAGCCCUUCGUAAGAAUAAUCACACCAUCUCAGAUUGAGGAGAGAGGAUGCCAGCUCACUCUGUCGUUUUCCCUUCCAAUCAAAUCUGUGUUUAAAGAGCUGGAGAAGAGAGGAGUGGCUUGUGACAUGCGAGAACCAAACGCUCUUCGCGUUGCCCCAGUUCCUCUCUACAAUUCCUUCCUUGAUGUGCACAGAUUUAUUGAAAUCCUGGGAUCUGCAAUUACAUCUUCAAAACAAACAGCAAAUAAUACUGUGCUAUCUGGUUCUUAUUGAUGGCUCAGCUGUACCUUUUAA